AUGUCUACAUCUCCCCUCACGGGUGCUACCCCCAAGCGAAGCUCUCCGCCCGCUUCGAAGCCUCACCAGCAGGAGGAGAACAUCAAGCCGUCCAUCGAGUCAGCUACCUCGGGUCCUCCGGCCUUCAAGCAGAAGCCAAUCGUCGGAACUCUUGCUACAUCCAAGCUUGUCAAUCAGAAUGCUCUUAAGGUUGGUUCUUCCUCCCGCCAUCUGCCGCCUCGCUCACAGCGACGACAGAAGAAGACCAAUCAGGAGCCAGCCACCAUCGCUGGCACAAACCCAAUGGACAUGCUCCUUGCCAAGCUGUCUGAGCAGCAAGCUGCCCUCGAUCAGCAGAACGAGUCUUUGAAGAACUCUGAUGAGAAUAGCUUAUAUUCCCGUCACUUCGACAAGGCUCCUUCGACGACACACUCGGUACCCAUCACUCCCGCGACGGAUUCGUUCCCUACAACUGCGCCCACAAGCCGCCCGACUAGUGCCACCCUUAAUGAGACCAAUGGCAACAUGGACGAGCUCCUUCGACUGAAAAUGGAGCUUGCCCGAGCGCAGAACAAGAUCUCUCGCCUCGAUCAUGAGCUGGCUCACUCGCGCUUGGCCAAGCAAGAAGAGGAUCUCGCACCACCUCCGCCCUCAGCUCGUUCGGGGGUGUUCGGAGCCGAGAAUGCCUGGGCAAUCGACGAUAACUCCUCAGAUGUUGGCGCCCCUUCCAUCAGCAACUACAGUCGUUCCCGUCCCAUUUGGGGCAACAACAGAGCUCCGCCUUCCUUUGGUGCGGCUGCUCCCAUUCCUGACUCUGUUGGUGAUUGGUAUGGUGGCGGCCGUGGCGGCUUCAACCAGGGCUACAUGGACCCCGCUGGUCCAUACUCCAUGGCAGAUGGUUAUCGAGGUGAUCGCAUGAGCCAUGACACCGAGAUGUUCUCUCGGCCCCCUAGCAGUCGCCGAAACAAUCGGUUCGACAAUAGUCGCUGGCCGUCUCCACAGCCAUACGGAGGAACGAACUUUGGCCACAACUAUGGUGGCUUCACGCCUUCUCCUGCUCCGUUCGACCCCAUGGGUGGACCCCCUGGCAGCGCUUCAGGUAACAUGGGCUCCGGCAUGUAUCAAGGUUACAACCAGCAGGCCCCGGGUAGUUCCCUCUCGCCCCAUGCAACCGAGUUCACCACUGGUGAUGGAUGGAAGAGCGAGGCCAUUGCUACAGAGGGUCAGACGUACCUUCCAACCACGGAGCCUCUCAACUACCGCCGCUUGUUAGACCGGAAUGUCAACUGCAACUGGAAGUACAUUGUGGAUAAGAUUGUCUGCAACAACGACCAGCAGGCCUCCAUCUUUUUGCAGCAGAAGCUCAAGGUUGGCACACCGGACCAGAAAUAUGAGAUCGUGGAGGCCAUCGUCGCUCAAGCGUAUCCUCUCAUGGUCAACCGUUUCGGCAACUUCCUUGUUCAGCGUUGCUUCGAGCACGGCACUCCGGAGCAGGUUGUGAAGAUCGCGGAAGCCAUUCGUGGCAACACUCUCAAUCUCUCUAUGGACCCGUUCGGUUGCCACGUCGUUCAGAAGGCAUUCGACUCCGUCCCCGAGGACUACAAGGCUAUCAUGGUCCAUGAGCUUCUUCGCAGAAUUCCCGAGACAGUCAUCCAUCGUUACGCCUGCCAUGUUUGGCAGAAGCUUUUUGAGCUUCGAUGGUCCGAGUCCCCACCCCAGAUCAUGAAGUUCGUCAACGAGGCUUUGCGAGGCAUGUGGCACGAGGUCGCUCUGGGCGAGACCGGCAGCCUGGUUGUCCAGAACAUCUUCGAGAAUUGUCUCGAGGAAGACAAGCGCCCCUGCAUCGAAGAAGUCCUUGCCAAUAUCGACAUCGUGGCCCAUGGACAGUUCGGAAACUGGUGCAUCCAGCACAUCUGUGAGCAUGGGGCUCCAGCGGACCGAAGCCGCGCUAUCGACCAUGUCAUUCGCUACGCUGCCGAGUACAGCACUGAUCAGUACGCCUCCAAGGUUGUCGAGAAGUGCCUCAAGAUUGGCGGUGGAGAGUUUCUCAGCCGCUAUCUCGAUCGAGUCUGUGAGGGCCGAGUUGACCGCCCUCGCAUUCCCCUUGUCGACAUUGCGAGCGACCAGUACGGCAACUACCUCAUUCAGUACAUACUCACUCAUGCGGGUCUGCAGCACCGCGAGAUAGUCGCUGCCCAUAUUCGAAAGCACAUGGUGUCUCUUCGAGGAUCUAAGUUUGGCUCCCGUGUGGGUAUGCUUUGCACGAAUCCCGCUGUUGCUACUCGCCCGGGCCCUGGAGUUGGUCCUGCGAUGAAUCGGAUGGGUGCUGGUCCUCGCUACAGCGGUGGCGGCGGCGGCUACCGCUAG